AUGCGUGGCUAUGGAGAGUCUGAUAAACCUCAAGGCGUUGAAAAUUAUACUAGCGAAAUGAUAGUUGCUGAUUUAAUUGAGUUGAUAACUGAAUUGCUCAUUGGAAAGAAGAAUAAAAAAUGCAUUAUAAUCGCCCACGAUUGGGGAGGCAAUAUGGCAUGGAGUGUCGCUCAACAGAAACCAAAUCUUGUUGAUCGUUUAGUUCUCAUCAAUUCACCGCAUCCACUUGUUUGGCAUCAGCAAAUAGAAAGUUCUUGGAAACAGUUUACCAAGUCGUCUUACAUGUUUGUCCUCAAUGUGCCGUACUUGUCAGAAACCAUUCUGCGAGGCAAUGACUUUCAAUUUAUUGACACUUUUUUUGGAGAGUUUUAUGCUACAACUAAUCAAACAGACGUCUACAAACACUACUUUGCGCUACCAUACGGACUCACUGGACCACUCAACUACUAUAGAACUAUGCUUCGUGGUAUAGGAAAAUCAAAAAUUGUUUCUAAUCCGCAAAAAAUUCAACCUAAAACACUGAUUGUUUGGGGCCGUAAUGAUUCAGUCUUUAUUGACGAAUUGGCAGAAGAAAGCGCUAAAUAUUGCAAUCAAGUUACU